UUAUGCCCCGCCCCGGGGCGGGGCGAUGGCGGGGCCGUGGUUGGGGGCGGCGGCGCGGUUUGGCUCCGCUCGGCUCCCGUCGGCCGCGGCCGGGAUGGACCUGGGGGUCUUGCGGAAGAGCUACCGGGGGGACACGGAGGCCUUCGAGGAGCAGCACCUGGCCUCCCGCGACCCCAUCCACCAGUUUGGGGUCUGGUUCCAGGAGGCCGUGGGCUGCCCGGCCAUCGGGGAGGCGAACGCCAUGUGCUUGGCCACCUGCACCAGGGACGGGAAGCCCUCGGCCCGCAUGGUGUUGCUGAAGGGUUUUGGGCAAGAUGGUUUCCGCUUCUUCACCAACCACGAGAGCCGUAAGGGGAAGGAGCUGGACGCCAACCCCUUCGCUUCACUCGUCUUUUACUGGGAGCCGCUCAACCGGCAGGUACGGAUCGAGGGCUCAGUAAAGCGGCUGCCGGAGGAGGAAUCGGAGCAGUACUUCCACUCCCGUCCCAAAAGCAGCCAAAUUGGGGCCGUCGUCAGCCGGCAGAGCACCGUCAUUCCGGACAGGGAGUAUUUAAGGAAGAAGAACGCGGAGCUGGAGGAGCGGUACCGGGAGACGACGGUGCCGAAGCCAGCAUACUGGGGGGGCUACAUCCUAAAUCCGGAUGUCAUGGAGUUCUGGCAGGGCCAAACCAACCGCCUGCACGACCGCAUUGUCUUCCGACGCCUGCGGGACAGCUCGGCCCCCCUGGGAGACAUGACGCACCGGGGAGAGGGCGAAUGGGUCUUCGAGCGCUUUGCCCCAUGAGGCCGCCGCCAUCUCCGGCCGCAUUCGCCCGAUCAGGAGCAUCACCUCUGCCAAACCUGCCCGCCUGUCCCCCGUCGUGCCCAGGGGAACGGGGCUGGCUUCGCUCUGCCCUCUCCUGGGAGACGUGUGCUGAGCUCCGGGGGUGCUGGCGGGGGGCUCUGGUCCAGCCCCAGAGUCCCUUCGACUCCCUUCGCUUCUCCCUGGGGUGGGCGAGAGCCUCAGG